CACGCGCGGGCUAUAAAAGCCGCAUCGCAAUGGCCAUCAUGUCUGACUUGCCACAGACAUCCUCCUUCAAUCCAUCAUCAUGGGUUCCAUCAAUCAAGCCCCCCGCGUGAUUCAAUCCGAGCAGACCCCCUACUUCACCCCGGCCAACAACGGCGGUGCAGCCCUCAACCCCGCCGACCCUGACACGCCCACCCUCUUUCGUCCCCUGCAGAUUCGCGAUGUGACCCUCAAGAACCGUGUUGUAGUCUCGCCCAUGUGCAUGUACUCCGCCGAAAGCGACCCCUCCUCGCCCCUCCUAGGCGCCCUGACCGACUACCACAUCGCCCACUUGGGCCAGUUUGCUCUCAAGGGUGCCGGUCUGGUCUUCGUGGAGGCGCAGGCUGUCCAGCCCAACGGUCGCAUCUCGCCGAAUGAUGUUGGUCUCUGGGAUCAUUCCCCCGAGUCGGAACAAUUCAAGAGCCUCCAGCGUAUCGUGCGCUUCUGCCAUAGCCAGGGCGCCAAGGUGGCCGUCCAGCUGGCCCACGCGGGUCGCAAGGCCAGCGUUGUCGCCCCUUGGGUUGCUGCAGAGGCAAAGAAGGCCGCCAUCAUUGCCGAAGAGAGCGUGGGUGGAUGGCCGUCCAACGUGGUCGGUCCGAACGGGGGGGUGGAACACACUUGGGGCCCGGGAUACUGCACCCCUCGGGCGUUGUCGGUGGAGGAAAUCCAGGAACUGGUGCAGGCCUUUGCCAAGAGCGCCGAGGCAGCUGUCCGGGCUGGUGUCGAUGUGAUCGAGAUCCACGCCGCUCACGGCUACCUGCUGAACCAGUUCCUGAGCCCGGUUACCAACAAGCGGACGGACGCGUACGGAGGCAGCUUUGAGAACCGCACCCGUAUGCUCCGCGAGGUCCUGACUGCCAUCCGUGCUGUUAUCCCCACCGGUACUCCGUUGUUCCUCCGUAUCAGCGCGACGGAGUGGUUGGAUGGACAGGAUGUGGCGGCGGAAUCGGGUACGUGGAACAUGGAGAGCUCGCUCAGGCUCCUUCCCUUGCUUCCGGAGCUCGGAGUCGACCUGCUGGAUGUUAGCUCCGGGGGCAACCACAAGGACCAGAAGAUCAACCUCCACACCAACUACCACAUUGAUUUGGCCUCGGAAGUGCGCCAGGCCAUCCGUGCGACCGGCGCCAAGACGCUGGUGGGCGCGGUCGGCUUCAUCACGCAAGCCGAGCAGGCCCAAGGUCUGGUUCAGGGCGCUGACGAGGCACACGCGGCCAAUGCGACAGUGUCUGGGCCGGAGCCCGUGGCGGAUCUGGUGUUGAUGGCGCGACAGUUCAUGCGCGAGCCGGAGUGGGUGAUGAACGCGGCGAAGAAGUUGGGCGCCAAGGUGGAUGUCCCGGUGCAGUUCCGCCGGGCGAUUUAAUGUGAGAUGAUAUAGAAUAGAGC